AAUUUAUGUGGAUUAGUAUUUUUAUAAAUUAAUUAUCUCCCAUUCUUUUCUGUUAUGUCGUCUAAUCUAUGUUUCAUUAUUUUCAGCUUCGCAAUUACUCGCAACAAAUUCCUAUAUUAGAAAACGAACACAGAAAUGUCGUCAACUCAAUGAAAGAAGAAAAGGAAAAAGUCGAGAGAAAAUUCAACAGGAAAUAUCAGAACAUCAUGAACAAGUAUGGGACAAUGUGUCAACUACUGUCUAACAAACUUGUCUCCCUUGAGUCGUUACAGCAUGAGUUUAACAAGAGCUGGAUUGCAACAAAACACCAUAUCAAAUUGAUCGAAGACUUGUCAAAAAGGAUUCAAGCUAUUGAAACACGAGCAAGUCCAAAUCGUCUGGUCUUUACCGCCUACCUACCUUCAUCCACCCCAGUCUCUCCUGGCUCUGUCCUAUCAAACUUCCCCAACAUCCACCCUUGUUACACGGCUGGGAGGUUUACAGCACCCACUAACGACAUCUACCUCGUCAGCGCUACCUUCCACCAGCAGCAGGAGAAACUUAUUGAAAUCAGCUUCUGCACCAGAACAAGAGACAACCAACAGCACGUAAAAAAGAGCGUUUGUUUACGGGCUGCUAAUACCAGCGUCUCCACCACUCUGAUACUUUCAAUGACGGUAGGGGAAGAACUCUUCAUGAGGGUGGAUAAAGCGGAUGGUGGGGCUAGUUUAUCCACGUAUACACACUUCACGUGCGUGAGGCUAUAAAUAGAUUUCUUUGAGCGCAUUUCUAAAGCGUUAGAACCCAAUACGUUAUAAGUGAUUUUAAAACAUUUGACAAAGCAAAGAUGCUAUGCGUAAAGGUGUUUGGAUACAAAAAAAUGUGUGUAUUAUGGCUAAAGAUCUGCCAACACCCAAUUGCAAAGGACCCUGGUUAGAAGACAGGACUGAAAGGGGCUAAUUGUCAACCCAAAAAGGGCAAAUUGCCAACCUGAGUAGAGUGAAUUACCAAACUAGAAAAGCAAACUACCAACCAGAAUACGGCACAAAUCAGACCUGAAUAGGGCUAAUCGUCAACCUAAAUAGGGUAAAUUAGCAAUUACAUCACGAGCCUCACACUAAAAUAGAACAAUACUAGUCAAUACGUUUAGAAAAAUGUUUCUCAGAAGCAUCAGGAGAGAUAACUCCUGAGAGCUGUAGUUGGUGGCACAUACUCCAGCAGGACAGAGAACUCUGGAGAGCUGUAGUUGUUGGCCCAUACUCCAGCAUGACAGAGAACUCUGGAGAGCUGUAGUUGGUGGCCCAUACUCCAGCAUGACAGAGAACUCAGGAGAGCUGUAGUUGGU